AUGUGCAUCGUAGAAUUCGACGAGGCGAAGACGCCUUCCAAAAGUGUGAGCGUUGAGCUAUCAGGGUACGCGAACUUCGUGGGGCUCACAAGAAGCACUGGCGCCACGCCUGCGAUGCAGAUCGUCUCCGAGUUGCCACCACCCACUAGUGAAAAGCACAUGCCCACCUCGAGGAGUGCCUCUGACUCUGCCGACAGGUUCAGUGUCAUCGACCCUGCCACGACGGGACCACACGACCUUGCGAAUAACUAUCGAGGUGUUCGAAGAGGCGGAGACUUCGCCCAGAAGCGUGAGCGUUGA